CAACAACAAUACUAUUACAACACUCUCUCACACACACAUUCACAAUUACCCCUCUAAUCAUGGACAAUUAUGUGGUGCGUAAGGCUACUCUGGAUGAUAUUGAACCGAUUAUAGGACUAAUACACUCAUCGAACGCCAAAUGGAUUGGUAAUAUACGUCCAAAAUAUUCAGAUAAAUGUCGUAUAUUUCAAAAUUAUCAAAAUCAACGUCUACUUGUUUUGCUGAGAGGCACUCACACCGUUUUGGCCUAUGCUGAAAUUCGAAAUUAUCCAGCCAUUCAUGCCCUGGCUAGUAAGGGUUGGAUGAAAUGGUUAUCCCAUAGAUAUUGUUUAGACAUACCGAUUAGCUGGCUGAAUACAUUAUUUUUGAAUUUUUGCAUCUAUAGAAGUGAAUAUGCCGAUUGUCUGACCAUAUUGCUGCGAGAGGCUUUCUUUUGCGAACCUCGUAUAGUGUAUUUGAUAUCGGUGAAGAAUCCAGAUGUACAGCAACAUGCCUAUUAUGUGGAAAGUUUUGACGAUUUGGCCAAAUAUGCGAUCAUCUAUUAUCCGCGUGAUUUUGAUAUUAAUAAUAAUGUCAAUACCCAAUGUUUAUAUAUAAUCUAUCGUUUCAGUCGACUAAUGAUGAACAGAAUAACCUAUCGCAAGGCCUUGGCCGAGGACAAUGAUGAUAUAAUUGACAUACAUAAAUAUGAAUUGCCAGAAAUGCAUCAAGAAUUGGGCGAUUACUAUAUAGCCGAAGAGAUAAUGCGUACCGAUGAGAAUGCCCAUAAAACUUUUCUGGUGGUUGCCGAAUUGGUGAAUCAGUCUCAGGAAACGGAAACGGCUGGCUUCUUGUGGCUUAGCACCGAUCUGGACCUCCUUUACCUUAUCCAGCACUAUGAUUUAGAAAAUUUUGGUAAUCUAGUCAAGUCCGAUCAAGAAGAUUCACUUUACCUCGAGGAACUGAUUGUAUCAUUCAUACAACCUAAAGCCGAUGCAAGUUUAUUUACUCGCGAUGCUUUAGAUGACUUGGAUGCUACAACUAUAUUUGGCGGGCUGCCUAGAUAUGACAGUGGCAUGAGUGUGGCUAGUACGGCUAAAGUGCAACUUAGUUCAAUACAUGGAACUAUUGUCGAGACCAUAACACCCAAUAAGUUCUAUAUGCGUGAGAGUAUUUAUCUAAAACUAAAGAAUAUUUUUGACAAACUGCAUAAUUUGGAUUAUUAUAUAUCGGAGGAGGUCAAAUCAUUGAAUUUAUUUUAUAAUUCUGGCAAUCGUAGUAUUCCACCCGGACCCAAGGCCAUUGAAAAUGCUUCUAAUGUAUUUCUAUUGAAAUUUAUUGCUGCACGCAAAGAUUUCCCCUUGCAACGUCUAUUCAGUUGUCUGGGUGCCAUGUUCUGUGCCUAUCCGGAUCGUGACUAUUGCAUUAUGUUGAUAUCAAACACGGAGAAGCUCACAAGAACCCAUGCGGAGUUUUUGAAAUAUUUUAUUCCAGUAGCUCCAAGACCCUCGAAAUUGACCAGUUUAGAUGAUUUGUAUAUAACACAUCGUAGUACGAUGUUUGGAGAAAUUAGUUUGUAUGCAUUGGAGGAGGAAGAUGCUACAGUUAUAAGGAAUAUGAUUUUGGGCUCUGCUGAACCAUUUCAAUCUGUAACUAGCUCCGAUGCCAGCAGCUGUAGUUUUUCCUAUGCCUCCAAGAUCAAUGAAUAUGCCCAAGUGGAGCACGAAUGGCAGAUUGUCAAUGAGAUCAUUAAGGAUGUUUUAUUUAAUAAACUGAGUGAAUUCUACUUUUAUACCAUACGCUGUGGCAAUUCAACAAAACCAGCUAAAGAAAAUACCAUUAUAGGAUUUGUGAUAUUGAGACGAUUCUAUAAUCAUCAUGAGCUAUUUUAUCACUAUCAUUUGCCCAAAUAUGAGGAUCAUCUGACGCAUUCGAGGGCCGAGAUUAUAUCCUUAAAGCUGCAACCGCUUUUCCAUAUGAGCAGUGAGACAAUUUUUCGUCAUUUGGCCAGAGAAACGAACUUUUUCGAUUUCUAUUUUAUAUAUUCAAGGGCGUCCGAUGAAUUUACCAACGAUCUUAAGUCCAUGAUGAUGCUGAUUGAAGCGAAUCCUAUGAAAAAGAGUUCCAUUACCAUAAACUUAAGCAGACAUGAGGAAUAUUGUAGUGGAAAUGUUGAUUUGCCCAAACAUAAUUUCUACAAAGAUCAUUUAAUAAUCUUUCGUAAUAAAUUGAAUCCACCCAAAUGGUUUGGUAAUACCAACAAAUUGGUUAUCAUAGGCUACGGCGAAGAGUGUAAGGCAUUUCUACGUCAAUUGGUCUUUCAAUGGAAUAGCAAAGACCAUAAGAACUCGGAUACCUAUACGUGUUUGUGUCGGGUUCAGGUUACAGUCAUUUACCUACCCGGCCGUGUUGAGGCCGAUCAUGACUGUCAAUUUCGUUGUCCAUACUGUGCCGAUUUCUAUAAUUGUUUUAUGAACUAUCGCAAUGGCUCAUGCUAUGUCAGAGAUGCCACAACUCGCAUGGAUUUGCGUUAUUUUGUGCAUUUUGUUCCGGGAAUCGUGGACACUGUUAAUAGGGAGCAAAAAUUUGUGAAAUUGAAAAGUAGUUGCCAAAUUCAUUAUGAUACUCUCAUAUUGAUGAACGCCAUGAAGUAUUCAUUGAGGAAUGAGGUUCCCAAUCCUGAUCCUUAUACACUAAAUCCUUGCAAUUUCAUUCAAAUCAAUUGUCGACUGGAUAAAUUCAUGUUAUUCUACAAAGUCUGUGUUCUGUUGGAGGAAAUGCCGCGACAACAUAUGAUUCUUGUCUAUGGCUCAAACAUAGAGACCUAUGAAUGCAUAUCCUUUUUGCUGGAUCAUGGUGUAUCGCCCUCAAGACUGAUAUUGGUUCGUCCUCAUAUUCCAGUGCUUAGUGCAGAGGAUGAUAAACUGAAGAAUCCCUAUAGGGAUAGGAAUGUUCAAUUUGUACUCGAUGAGAUUCUCGAUGACAGUGGCAUAAAUGUCUAUGAGAAUCUUCAGUUUGUUCAAUGGGUCGAAUAUACCGAUACGAAUUUCAUAAUGGAAGUAAUAUUUGAGGAAUAUGCGAGUCGGAAAAGGGUUUUAAUUGAUUGUGAUGUAUUCAUAUCAUUCGACGAGGGUAUUCACACCAAUUGGAUGACCUUGCAAUGGAUUACCAAGGCGGGCAUUGAGGUGAAAAACAAUCGAAUACAAGUGAAUAAAAAUUAUCAAACAAACGAUCCACAUAUCUAUGCAGUGGGACAAUUUAUUGAAAUGUGGGAUAAUCCCAAUUAUCAAUAUCAAUAUACAAGUGAAAGAGAAUUGGCUAAAAAGCUUAUGUAUAUACUGAACAUUUGGACCAAACCAGUCGGUUUCGAGUACAAAUUCUCACAGCCGACCUUUUAUCAGGCACUUUUACCUCUUAAUUAUCACUUUACUAAAGUGACCAUGCCACGUCGUUAUAUGUCCUCGACUUUGUCUUCGGUAUAUUCCUGUUUCAUGACUACCUAUCUAAAUAACACCUUUUGUCGGGUUAGUCUAACAAAUAAUUUUAUAGUGGAUGAGAUAGUUGUGGUUACCAAAGAUACAACCCGUUUGGACUUCUUGGAGUUCUUUUGUGGCAAACAUGAGGCCCUUCUCAAUAAUCUAAGAGCCCGCUAUAAUGCCCAUACAAUACCAUGUUUCCUUAAGUUUUUCCAGGAGCCCUGGACAGAAUUGCUAAUGCAUGAGAAUUUCGAUGAUUUGCAAAAACAAAAUCGUGAUAUUCUAAAGCCAAUUGCUGUAUCGAAUACCUUGUCUUCUCAGAAAUUGAGUCGCACUGCCAUACAGGAUAUGGCACAAAAAGAGUUUCUAGAUAUCAAUAAACGGGUCUUGGAACAAACUCUAUUGACUUUCUUGAGAGAUCAUCGCAAUGAUUUCAAUCAUGAAUUCGCCCUGCCCGAGGAUUAUUGUCAGUCGAGAAAUAAUGCUAAUACCAAUAAUUGUACAGCAAAUGAAGCAAGGAGAAAAUCGUAGUAGACUUCAUAUAUCAACACUAAUAAUUGUGUUCACUUGAAACAACAAACAAAAAAAACAAAAAAAGAUCAAAAACAAA